ACCCUUAGGCCCGGGUUCUCGGGCCCCGGAUAUGCGGGUGGUGGCCUUCACUGCCACAAGUGCCCCUACACUCAACAACACAAGCGCGCCCUGGGCCCCGGCGGUUUUCCCCGUCCUUCCAGCCUCAUCCUUAAAUCCGCCCUUGUACUCUCCACGCCCCGACUCUCGGGACGAAAGGACCUCCCGCGGGCACGUGUCCCCGGCCCUGAGAGUGCACCACCUCACAGUCUUCUAGGCUCUCCAAAGUGAAGCUCACUGUGGACAGGAUUCUAUCUGGGAGGGGCCAUGGAGAAGUAUAUGGCAAAUAGCAGUAGUUCAACAGAGCAGAUUGUUGUGCAGGCUGGACAGAUUCAGCAGCAGCAGCAGGGUGGUGUCACUGCCGUCCAGUUGCAGACUGAGGCCCAGGUGGCAUCUGCCUCAGGCCAGCAGGUCCAGACCCUCCAGGUAGUCCAGGGCCAACCAUUAAUGGUGCAAGUCAGUGGAGGCCAAUUAAUCACAUCAACUGGCCAACCUAUUAUGGUCCAGGCUGUCCCUGGGGGACAAGGUCAAACCAUCAUGCAAGUACCUGUUUCUGGGACACAGGGUUUGCAACAGAUACAACUGGUUCCACCUGGACAGAUCCAAAUCCAGGGUGGGCAGGCUGUGCAGGUCCAGGGACAGCAGGGUCAGACCCAGCAGAUCAUCAUUCAGCAGCCUCAGACAGCCGUCACUGCUGGCCAGACUCAGACUCAGCAGCAAAUUGCUGUUCAGGGACAGCAAGUGGCACAGACUGCUGAAGGGCAAACCAUUGUCUACCAGCCAGUUAAUGCAGAUGGUACUAUUCUCCAGCAAGUUACAGUCCCUGUUUCAGGCAUGAUCACCAUCCCAGCAGCCAGUUUGGCAGGAGCACAGAUUGUUCAGACAGGAGCCAAUACCAACACAACCAGCAGUGGACAAGGGACUGUCACUGUUACAUUACCAGUGGCAGGCAAUGUGGUCAAUUCAGGAGGAAUGGUCAUGAUGGUGCCUGGAGCUGGCUCUGUACCUGCUAUCCAGAGAAUCCCCCUACCUGGAGCAGAGAUGCUUGAAGAAGAGCCCCUCUAUGUGAAUGCCAAACAGUACCACCGUAUUCUCAAAAGAAGGCAAGCUCGGGCAAAACUAGAAGCAGAAGGGAAAAUUCCAAAGGAAAGAAGGAAAUACCUGCAUGAGUCUCGGCACCGUCAUGCCAUGGCUCGGAAGCGUGGUGAAGGUGGACGAUUUUUUUCUCCCAAAGAAAAGGAUAGUCCCCAUAUGCAGGAUCCAAACCAAGCUGAUGAAGAAGCAAUGACACAGAUAAUUCGAGUCUCCUAACCCCAGGCCAUAUGAUGGAGCUGAUCAAGGUCAUAUUCCUUGCCGAUGUUUUCCACUGUUCCAGGGAAUUGAUCUACUCUUCCAAUGGGACACUGACGAUCACUUCUGCCCUUUUCUACAGGACAGAAACCACUUAGUUUUUAAUAAGUGGCUCAGUAUUAUAAUCGCAGCAAUGUCUGGCAAAUUGAAGUUGCAAGCCUUUGUCUCACCCUUUCAGUCAGGACCUAUUUUAGACUUGAUAACAUUUGACAUUUCAUGGAUUAGGAUGAUACAAGGAGACACUUGCCAGCCCAGCAGUAUACAAGCACUUAUGUUGACUGGUGAAGCCAGCCAGCCAUCUCAGCAGGGAAGAACAUCCUUCUCAACCUGAACUGCAAUCAGGGAAGCCGCAGCUCAUUCCUUCCCAUGGAAUCUAGAUAGCAUCCAUCCCUCUGGUGGGGGAGCUCAGGCUGACCAACUGAAUAGACACUUUGUAUUCAGAUGGCCUCUGAGCAAGAAAGUUCCAUACUGUGAUAUGGAAACAAUAAAUUCUCUGAGAUACAGCCAUCUAAUCUGUGGUAAUAAUAAGAAUCUCUGUGGGUUCAUAUUUUAGGACUUCAGCCAAGAAAAGUCCAAAAGGAUAUUUUGGGCUCUAGGGAUAAAGUGAUAAAAUUUUGAAGAACCUAAAAUAUACAUUGCUGACUCUCUCUUUAGCUUUGACAAGUUGUGGUCUGCUUGUCUCUGUUAACAGGUCAUCAGGACCAUAGGUCUUGCUGUGGCUACUUUUCAGAUAAUAUAGAGGGUCCUGGAACUGGAAACUGCCUUUCCUAAGUAGAAAACAAAACUCUUCAAAAACUUCUGUGCUGAAGCACUGAAAACAUCUGUGGUAAUUCCUAAACAGAGAGUCAAACUAGAGAUUUUCAAGUGUAGUCUUUUUGAUGACAUUUGGGGAAUAGAAGAGUGUUUCAGUCUAGGAAGAAAGAGAAAGAGUAGUCUACCUAUCAGGUGUUGUCAUAGAGCUUGAUUCUCCUCCAGUGGAUGAGUACCUGGAAUGGAUCAUUAAGAUGAAGAGACUAAUUCACAUUUAUUCUAAAACCUUUUUACAAGUACUGCCAGGGAGAAUUCUGAGAUUGAGUCCUUGACAAAGAGCCAGGAAAGCACUAUUCAAGCACACUGUCCUGGACGAAGUCCAGGUUACCUGUUAUAGCUUGAUGUGGAUGUUGGCCUCAUUCCAGCAGUAUUUUGUGCUGACUCCAGAGAGCAGACAUUCUUACUCUUCCCAUGGCAGCUGAUUCUUUGGUGCCAUUUGCAUUUGUUUUCCCCUUUCUCCUUAGGCCUUGUGCAGAAAGGUUUUCACACUGCACCCAUACUAUAGGAAUAAACUACAGUCUGGAAGAAAGUAGAGAUGCUGCAGGGUCAGGAACUGGGCCACAGUUGCCAGAAUGAGUUGGACCUCAGAAAUCUAUUUUCCAGGUGUUGAACUCUGGGAGACAGAACCAAGAUGAUAUUUCAGAAGAGUUGGCUGCCUUCUCUGGAAACAAAGAAGGAGAAUCCAAUAAUUCUGAAGACCAUUUGGGGUUGGCUUAAAUACCAAGAGUAAAGAUUGCAUCCUUGACAUCACUCUAAAUGCAUUAGGACAGAAAAGAAAGUAAACCCUUUGAAGAGAAAAUCAGAGGGGGAGGCCAUAGUAAAAGUAGAAAUAGAGGUAUAGAGCUAUGCAAAGGAAAUUGGAAGUGAAAUAUCUUCCUAGAUCCGGGAAUCUAGUAGUUUUUCCUGCUUUCCAGGUGUCAGAGGGCUGACUCUUUGGUAAGCUCACUAGAAAUUUCUGGCUCUUUUAUGUUUCAGAAAUUAGACCACCCCAGUUUUUUCAGAUAACAUUAAAGAUGAUGAGGAAUUUAUCUUGGGGUUAGUUUAGGAGUCUAAGAUGGAGAGUUUAGAAAUUCCUCAGACCUAAUUUCUAGUGCUGAAGCCAAUGGUGGUUCUAAAAUACUAUUUAUUUGUGUCUAUAAGUUUGUACAUAGUAAUACCAACCUCAUUGUUACUGAAUUUUUCAUGGAGGGGGGCAAGUUUGACUUUUGUUUGAAAUGAAAUGCAUCAGUUGUCAUUUUGUCACUGCAUUUCAGAUAGCUCAUGGCCCUUUUAUAAUGGUUAUUUUUUGCACACCAUAAUAGCCCACAAAGUGGGAACAGGGGAGCUGACCUUUGGAUUUUUUUUCCUUUAUUACUAAUUCUUCUACUCAUUUGUCCUUGUGACUGCAGUGAUGACUUCAAUGAUGCAGAGCGAACAGAUGAAUGAAUAAUUGGUUUGAUGCAUAGUUGUGUCACUUCUUGAGAGCUUUUUUCUUUUUUUGAGGAUAAUUGUAAAUGUAUAUAUUUUAAUUGCACUGGUACAUUGAACAUGUCAGUGUCUAUGCCACUGGACCAACAGCAUUUUCUAGCUACAGGGUGCCUAAUAAUGUCUUGAUUUUCCUUUGGGGUUCACUAUAUAGGUUUUCCUCCAGCGAUAGGGGGAGUACAGGUGAUCAAUCAUUGAUGUCAUUGCAAUUGUUAUUUUUUAAAAUAAAUUUAUAAAAAUACUAAAAAAUGAUUUGACUUUUGAGGAGUUUGCAUCCCUGGAUUAUAGGUUGUGUUUAUAAUGUUAAAAUUGUGAACUUUGUAGCUAGACAUUUGAUCUCUGUUAUCAUAAUCUAGUAGUGUCCAGGCUUCCUAGUUUUAUCUCCUCAGUCUUCUCUCCCUUUUGGCUUUCCCACCCUGCUGAGGAAUUUCUGUCACCUGUGGGUUAAACAUAGAUUUGGUCUUAACUACGGGAAAUACUCAUAAAAUGUGAAGUUAUACCAGGAGCAUAAUUAGCCCUUUCAUCAUCAAAACAGCCUUCAUUUAUUAGGUAUUUUAAGUAUUUAGACCUAAAGGGUGCAAAGAGGCACUUUUUUAUAUUUUCAGAGAGCUAAAACAAAACAAAUUCUGAUUGUUGAAAAUCCGCAGCAUGCUCAUCCUAUUGCUGCAUUAUGGUCUAGCAAUUUGAGCAACAAAGACUAGCAGCUUCCAAUGUGCCAUUAUCACAAGUCUUGGAACCAAGAGCUAGAGAAAAACAGACUGGGAGCUUUCUUGGGRUGAGGCCAUAGGCCCGUCCUGGCAGAUAACAGAUAAUGUUAAAAUUGUGACC